GGUUGAAGGCAUCGCAGAACGUUUCCUGCACUGAUGCAUGGUGGUCGAACGAAGGGAUUGUUGGAAAAUUUCUGAGCAAAUAGAUCAUGCUCUUGGCUCAGAUUAGCCGUGACUCUCAGGGGAUGGCAGAGUUUCAAGACGCAGAUGGCCAGCCAGUUACCCUCUGUUUGGCGGAAGCCGUCACUGUGGCAGAUGGUGAUCACAUGGAUAGUAUGGACACGGUGAGCCUACAGGCUGUCACACUAGCUGAUGGCUCCACUGCUUACAUACAGCAUGACACCAAAGGUUCCUUUUCAGAUGGCCAGAUCAUGGAUGGCCAGGUCAUCCAACUGGAAGAUGGCUCCGCUGCCUACGUUCAGCAUGUAUCUAUGCCUAAAGCAGGAGUUGACAGUUUACAGUUGGAAGAUGGACAAGCCGUCCAGCUGGAAGAUGGUACUACAGCCUACAUCCAUGCACCCAAAGAGACCUAUGAUCAGAGUGGUCUUCAGGCUGUGCAGCUGGAGGAUGGGAGCACAGCAUACAUCCAGCACACAUUGCACAUGCCCCAGUCCAACACCAUCCUGGCCAUCCAGGCUGACGGCACUAUCUCUGACCUGCAGGCUGAUGCCUGCAUCGACCCAGAGACCAUCAGCGUGUUGGAGCAGUACACUACCAAGGUAGAGAAUGUAGAAACUGCAUUGGGACAGUUUGGCAGAGAGGCAGAUAAUGGAGUCCACAUGCAGAUUGUGCUUCAGGGUCAUGAGGGCAGGUCAGGAAGGGUCUCACACGUUGGGGAGAAGGCAUUCCGCUGUGACCACGAUGGCUGUGGAAAGCUAUACACCACUGCCCACCAUCUUAAGGUUCAUGAGCGAUCCCACACUGGAGAUAAACCAUACAUCUGUGAAUACCUCGGCUGUGGGAAGAAGUUUGCCACAGGGUAUGGCUUAAAGAGUCACUCUCGCACACACACUGGGGAAAAGCCUUAUCGGUGUCAGGAACUGAACUGCCGCAAGUCUUUCAAAACUUCAGGAGACCUUCAAAAGCACACUCGAACACACACAGGGGAGAAGCCAUUCAAAUGUCCAGUGGAGGGCUGCGGACGCUCGUUUACCACCUCAAACAUUCGCAAAGUCCACAUCCGUACACACACUGGAGAGCGUCCUUACUACUGCUCUGAGCCCAGCUGUGGGCGCUCGUUUGCCAGCGCCACCAACUACAAGAACCACAUGAGAAUUCACACGGGAGAGAAACCCUAUGUAUGUACUGUGCCUGGAUGUGAGAAGCGUUUUACAGAGUACUCCAGCCUGUAUAAGCACCAUGUAGUGCACACGCCAUGCAAGCCCUAUAACUGUAACCACUGUGGGAAGACCUACAAGCAAAUCUCCACUCUGGCCAUGCACAAGCGCACAGCGCACAAUGACACAGAGCCCAUUGAAGAGGAGCAGGAGGCCUACUUUGAACCACCUGCAGAUGCCCUGGAUGAUCCUAACGUGACCUACACCACUAUAGUGGAAGGGGACGAUUCGGGGUCGGAGCAGGUGACUGCCGACCCCCCGGACAUCAUGACACAGCAGCACGUCCUAGUCUCGCAAGAUGGAACGCAACAGGUCAGUAUCUCAGAAGCUGAUCUUCAAGCCAUGGGUGGCACAAUCACCAUGGUCACGCAAGAGGGCACCACCAUCACCAUUCCAGCCCAUGAGCUGACAUCACAAGGGGCUCACUCUGUCACCAUGGUGACAACAGAUGGUUCAGAUGGACAGCAGGUGGCGAUAAUGACACCUGACAUGGCCUCAUUUCAAACGAUGGAUGAGGCAGUCUAUGGGCAGGAACAUGAGCAUCAGGUGAUCUCAUCCAGCCCUCACCCUGUCACCCUAUUGGCUACCUCCAAUGGCACUCAUAUUGCCGUUCAGCUCAGUGACCAGCCCUCAUUGGAAGAAGCCAUCCGCAUUGCAUCAAGAAUACAGCAAGGGGAGUCGCCAGACCUGGAAGAUUGACACCAAGCCCAACCAGAAUGGACUUUAAACCUAUUAGCAAAGAGAGAACAUGAAAUCACGUCUUCCUCUAUUUUCUAAGUCCGACUCAUGUGAAGUGAUCUUUUAUGUGUAUAUAAGUUUUGAUAACUGGAACCUCCCGUUUGCAUAUCACAUUGUCCAGACAUGCUGAAAGGAGAAGUAUUUCUAAUAUUUUAUAGUGCACACUGCACUUGGCAAUUGUGUUUCUAAAUAAAUACAUAAAUAAAAGAUGGUGAC